AUGGUUGAAUCAAUGAAGAAAGUGGCUGGAAUGGAUGUGGAGUUGACAGUGGAAGAAAGAAACCUGCUUUCUGUUGCAUAUAAAAAUGUGAUUGGAGCCAGAAGAGCUUCCUGGAGAAUAAUCAGCAGCAUUGAACAGAAAGAAGAAAACAAAGGUGGAGAAGAUAAAUUAAAAAUGAUUCGGGAGUAUCGGCAAAUGGUUGAGACUGAACUGAAGUUAAUCUGUUGUGACAUUCUGGAUGUACUGGACAAACACCUCAUUCCAGCGGCUAACACUGGCGAGUCCAAGGUUUUCUAUUACAAAAUGAAGGGGGACUACCAUAGGUAUCUGGCUGAGUUUGCCACAGGAAAUGACAGGAAGGAGGCUGCAGAGAACAGCUUGGUGGCUUACAAAGCUGCUAGUGAUAUUGCAAUGACAGAACUCCCGCCAACACAUCCCAUCCGCUUAGGACUUGCGCUCAACUUCUCUGUAUUCUACUAUGAAAUUCUUAAUUCUCCUGAUCGUGCCUGCAGGUUGGCAAAAGCAGCUUUCGAUGAUGCUAUUGCAGAACUGGAUACACUGAGUGAAGAAAGCUAUAAGGACUCUACACUUAUCAUGCAGUUGUUACGUGAUAAUCUGACACUAUGGACUUCAGACAUGCAGGGUGACGAUUCCUAAAGGAAAGUCCAACUGUUCAUUUCCUAAAAAACUCUACUUUGUGAAGAACAGAAUAAAGAAGCGCUGCAGGAUGUGGAAGAUGAAAACCAGUGAGACACAAAGGCCAACAAGAGAACCCAUCUCUGACCACCCUUCCCCUUCCCCACAAAAACCCUCAGUGUCACUCUGAGAACCACCAAAUCUGACUUUUACAUUGGGUCUCAGAAUUUAGGUUCCUGCCCUGUUGGGUUUCUUUUAUUUUUAUUUUUUUUUACACAGUUUAAAAGUUCUUAAAGGCAAGAGUGAAUUUCUGUGGAUUUUACUGGUGCCAGCUUUUAGGUUCUUUAAGACACUAACAGGACUGCGUAAAGGCUCUUUCAGCAUUACUGUAUUGUCUCCUGCCAGAUGUGGCCAGAUGCCAUCAGAAGUGGAUGUUACCCCUGAAGGCCGUUAGACUUGUAGGGAAGGGAUGUGUUAUGGCGAGGUAGUGUGCAUGUGGUGGCAUUUUUCUUUCUUUUUUUUUUUUUUAUAACUGUUUAAACUGAAUUUUAUACCAAUGUUUAAACUUUAAUUGGGUGUUUAGCUUGAAGUUACAGGUUGCAUUGGGACAUAUAUUGUAGUGGUUUUACUGUAUAAAAACAGAAGUUUCCAAACUGCUGAAAUGUUGCUGAAAAUCAUGGUGCUGGUAACAGUUCAACAAUCCGUGGCUGCUCAUUCUUGCCUAUUCUUUACUUUUCCUCCAAGCAGGUUAGCAUUGAAGGUGGCAUUGAUAAGCCUGCAUGCGUGUUCAAUAUUUUUUCUUUCUCCCUCCCCUUUCCCCAUCUCCCUUCGCUCGCUCAACCUCUUUUGUUCAGUAUGUGUAACUUGAAGCUAAUUUGUACUACUGGAUAUCUGACUGGAGCCACAGAUACAGAAUCUGUAUUGUUCUUACUGAAACACAGCAUGGAAUUAACAUUAAACUUAAAUAAAACAAACCUAAAUUAAAAGCCAAA